UGCGCCUGGCCUACGCACAUUAACACAACGACCCUGAUCCCCACCGCAGGGACUGCUGGCUCCGCCGGGUGAAACGGGAAAUCCCCCGCCCGGCUGCUGGAGCUGGCGGCGCAGGCGCGGGGCUGGGCGGGAGGCGGCCCGGGGAGGCACCAGCCGCGGGGCGGGAGAUCGCUGCCCGGGCGGAGGAAGCGGCCGGGGCCGGAGCCGAGCCCGGCGAUGGCUGAAGCGGGGCCGGCGCAGCUGCGGGUGGCGUUUGAGGACGUGGCUCUGUAUUUCAGCCGGGAGGAGUGGGAGCUCUUAUCCCGGCCAGAGAAGCAGCUGUACCGGGACCAGAUGCUGAGGAAUUACCGGGCCCUCGUUUCCUUGGGCUAUUCAGGUUCCACACCAGAUUUAAUCCACAGAAUUAAGGUAGGGGAGGCAGAGCUCUGGAUCCAGGAUGCCGAGGACUCCAGGGAAAGCUCAAGGCCUGAGAGCCCCUCCCAAGCAGGGCUCGGGAUACUGGGGGGACCGAGGACACCGUCUGAGUGUGGGGAGAGCACAGCAGGAACGCAGGAUCCCACUGCCCACAAAAGGAUCCAUGCACAGGACGCAGUCCGUCCCCCGAAUAAACUCAGCAAGAGACUCCCCAUGGGCCAGUGUCCCUAUCGCUGUGCUGACUGUGGCAAGAGCUUCAGGCAGUCCUCAAUCCUGAGAACACACUGGUUUACGCACACUGGGGAGCGGCCGCACCACUGCUCUGACUGCGGGAAGAGCUUUGCACAGAGCUCAAACCUGAGAGCACACCAGCGCACGCACACCGGGGAGCGACCACACCGCUGUGCUGACUGCGGGAAGGGCUUUGCACAGAGCUCACACCUGAGACUACAUCAGUGCACGCACACUGGGGAGUGGCCAUACCACUGUGCCAACUGUGGUAAGGGGUUUAGUAGUGCCAACACACUGACGCUGCACCAGCGCACACACACCGGGGAGCGACCGCACCGCUGUGCUGACUGUGGGAAGAGCUUUGCACAGAGCUCAAACCUGAGAACGCACCAGCGCACGCACACUGGGGAGCGGCCGCAUCGCUGUGCUGACUGUGGGAAGAAGUUUUCACGGAGCUCAAACCUGAGAACGCACCAGCGCACGCACACUGGGGAGCGGCGGUACUGCUGUGCCAACUGUGGUAAAAAGUUCGGUAGUGCCAACACACUGACACUGCACCAGCGCACGCACACCGGGGAGCGGCCGCACCGCUGUGCUCACUGUGGGAAAAGCUUUGCAGAGAGCUCAAAGCUGAGAAUACACCAGCGCACGCACACCGGGGAGCGGCCGCACCGCUGUGCUGACUGUGGGAAAAGCUUUGCAGAGAGCUCAAAGCUGAGAAUACACCAGCGCACGCACACCGGGGAGCGGCCGCACUGCUGUGCUGACUGUGGGAAGAGCUUUGCACAUAGCUCAAACCUGAGAACACACCAGCGCACGCACACCGGGGUGCAGCCACACCACUGUGCUGACUGCGGGAAGAGUUUUGCACGGAGCUCAAACCUGAGCAGACACCAGCGCACGCACACCGGAGAGCGGCCGUACCGCUGCGCUGACUGCGGGAAGGGCUUUGUACAGAGCUCAAGCCUGAGAACACACCAGCGCACGCAUCAGGGAGCAGCCGCACCAUUGUAAUGAUUCUAGUAAAAACUUCAACAAAACCAAUGCACUGAUCAAGCACCAGGGCACGCACACUGCCGGGGAGGACAUUCCGGUGCAUUGGCUGAAGCAGGAGCUUUGCACGGGCCUCCUCCUUGCUAUCACAUCGGUUCAUUCACAGCCGAGAGCGGCCAUACAGCUGUGCUGGCUGGGGCAAGCACUUUGCUAGAUUGGCCAACCUCUCAGCACCCGGUCAUGCACCCCAAUGCCCUUCUGCCACCUGCAGGGCCUCAAGGGCUUCUGGCAGUCAGUGGGCCUGACACAGCUCCAGCAGAUGCAGGUCAGGACAUAGUCCUGUCCCCAGGAUGCCCAGCAGAGAGAUGCGAGGGAGGGGGACAGGGAAGGGGACUUGGCUUAGCAGUGUGUGGAAGAGCAGACAGGUGGAGUGUAUUUAGAGCAGAUGGUCACAGCCUACUGCAUUAGGUGGGAUCCAGCCAGGUCUCUCUCUUUCUGUCCCACACUCACUCACCCUCUCCCCCUCCCCGCGUCUCAAUGGGACGAAGCUAGGAACUUCCCCCACACGUCUACCUUGGUUCCAGCCAGAGGAUUACUCUUGGAUGACAUCUAGAGGUGGGAUUUGCAGUCCUGUCUCAGCAUGGAUUGGGCUGAGGGGCAGGACAACCUAGUGCAGGGGUGGGCAAACUUUUUGGCCUGAGAGCCACAUUGGGGUGUGAAGCUGUAUGGAGGGCUGGGUAGGGAAGGCUGUGCCUCCCUAAACAGCCGGGCCCCCACCCCUGAGGGCCCCUCUCAGAACCCCCGACCCAUCCAACGCCCCCUGCUCCUUGUCCCCUGACCGCCUCCUCCGGGGACUCCAACCCCUAUCCAACCCCCGCUGCUCCCUGUCCCCUGACUGCACUGAUUCCACCCACACCCCGAGCCCCUGACAGGCUCCCCAGGACUCCCAUGCCUGUCCACCCCCCCCCCCUGCCGUUCCCCAUCCCCUGACCGCCCCCAGAACCUCUGCCCCAUCCAACCCCCUCUCUCCCUGACUGCCCCCCCCCAAACCUCCGCCCCAUCCAACCCCCCUGCUCCCUGCCCCCUUACCAUGCUGCUCAGAGCGGCAGGACUAGCAGCCGGACCCCCCGGCCGGAGCCAGCCACGCUGCCCAUGCAGCGGCGUGGCUGCGGGGGAAGGGGGGCAGCGGGGGAGGGGCCGGAGACUAGCCUACCUGACCGGGGGCUCAAGGGCCAGGCAGGACAGUCUCGCAGGCCAGAUGUGGCCCACAGGCUGUAGUUUGCCCACCUCUGACCUAGUGAGUGUGAUUGAAAAAAGACUCAGGAACUGCUCAUGCCUUCUAUUCUAAAUAGAAAUGUAACAAAGAAGAAUUAUGUACCUAAUCUGUAACAGAGGUCUGUCUAACCCAGUGUUUCUUUCCUAUUAAAGAAGCUGAUGCAUUCACACAGCA